AUGAUACAAUUCUGUGAAGUCAUAGGAAAUUACUAUAUAUUAGAGAAAAACGAACGCAUAACUUAUAGGAGCAAAAACAAAUAUAAAUUAAAAAUUGAUUGUUUAGUUGGAGAAAUUUUAAAACUUUUAUUAAAAAAAUCAAACAAAAUCACACAUUUAAUUAUUAAAACAGUUUCAUUUAAUGGAAAUACACCAAGAUUUUUUAAUAUUUUAAGUAAUUUAAAAGAUUAUCCUAAUUCAAUAGAAGCAAUUUCUAAUCUUAAAUCUUUUGAAUAUAAGGUUUUAGAUGUUAAUGAAUUAUUAUUGUUUAAAUUAUCUGAAUAUUGUCAUAACAUUGAAAAAAUAUCCAUUAAUAAUUACACGUGGGAUUUAAAUCAAACAGGAAUAAAUCAAUUAAUCAAAAACACUCAAAGAUUAAUCAAAAAUCAACGUAAUUUAGAAAAUCUUAGUAUAUAUGGCAUAGAAAGUGACAUUUCACCUAUAAUAAGAGCACUUGAAUCUCAAUCACAUUCAUUGGUUGAAUUAACAUUAUCAGAGUUUAAACUAAUCGAUAUUUCAUCAUUAAGGUCACUUGCAAAAUGUACAAAUUUAGUUUCAUUAGAAAUUUCAUUUUAUUUAUACACAAAUAACAGUGACUUUUUUAAAAAUUUCAUUAAAAAUUUCACAAGUAUCAAGUUUCCUUUAUUGAAAUAUUUGAAAUUGAAUAUUUUUAAUUCAAUUCCAAUCGUAGAAGAUUUAGAAUUAUUUUUCAAAUUAAAUGGUUCCCAACUAGAAGAACUUAGAUUAACAAUUAAUUUCAAUGAUAAUCCAGAUACCAAUACAUCAGUAUAUGUAUUUCUGGAAAAUGCUGUAUCAUUUCUUCAAUUAAUAUGUAAAAGAUAUGAUGUUUAUUUAGUAUGUCCAAUAUCUAACGAACAAGAGAAACAUCAAAUAAUUUCUUUGUUAAGCAAUGAAAAUUUGUUUAGUACAAAAGUUAUUGAUAAACGUAAAGUUAUUUUCUGUGAAACUGAAGAAGGUAAAGUACACAUUAUUAGACAUAUUAAAGCAAGUGUUCAUAUUGAAAGUGGAUUAAAUAAUGAAGAUGUUGUGGGAUUGGUUAGAAGUUUUGUCGAUAACGUUAUUUGGGUAUUAUAUGACAAUGAUUAUUUUGACUAUUAUAAUGGUGGAAGUAGAAAAGUUAAUAGUGAUGAGUUAAGUCCAAAUGUUGAAGAUAGAAAGCAAUGGACAAACGUUGAAAUUUGUUCAGAUCUGUGGAAAUGUAGCUUAGCAAGACUAUGUUAA